UGUCCGGUGCGAGGGAGAGAGAGAUUAUUCGGAUAACAUCAUGGGACACUAUAGUAACAAUUUCCGAAGUCGUUGGCAGCGCUUCUCAACUAUUCUUUUUCCUCAACUGAGUAUAUAUGUAAACGCUUCGGAGCUCACUUCCUCUGAACUCACAGAUAAUACCCUAAUUUCUUCAUCACAAAUGGAGGAAAUGAACGAAAAUUCAACUGAAGUUAACAGUGCUGAUGCAAACAAAGAAGCGCAUACCAUAAUUAUUUGCUUGAACAAGAAAAGAAAAUUUCAAGCCGAACAAUUGGGUUUGCCUCUGCCCAAGCAUAAGUGCAGGGGUCAAAGCUUUACUUCACAAUGUGGUUGCUCAUUUAAUGAAAACCCAGAGGCAGACGACUUCCAUACAUGCACAAACCAGAUGAAAAUUGAUGGAGGGGCGAGAGAUGAUGAGUCAAAACCAGUGUCUAGGAAAGACUGUCGUAGCUCCCCUGAUGGUGCUGACUCUGUAAUGUUCGUAUGUGGGGAAGCUAACCAUAACUUGGAGUACCCAAAAACAAGUUCAUGCGAUCAGCCUUCCACUUCAUCUGUUAAUUGGGAUGGAGACUGUUUCAAGACUGCCCUCUAUUCUUUGGAUAGCAGAGCAGUGACAAAAUAUAGUGGUGAUAAAGAGAAAUCACCAUAUAUCGUUGGAGAGCUUAAUUCUCCUGAUCUUGAAUUGCAUACAUCUCUGAAUUAUGAGGAGCACCUCGAAGAUUUCGGAAGCCAUGUGGAUUACAGUUGCUCAGAAUACAGAAGUUAUGACAUUGAGCAAUACAUUGACAAAGAACUUGAAGAUAUGCUCCACCUCAAUGGGGUGAAUCCGAAUAAUUAUGUCCUUUCAUCCGGAAGAUGGAAUGUCAACCAAGGUAAUUUACUUUUUGAUAUGAAAAAUUGUAUUGAAGCAUAUAGGGGGGUCAUAAUUGCCAUGGUGCUUGUAAUUUGCGAGUUCUUGACCAUCUCGUAAUCUCCAUCUAUGUCAUUGUUGCUAGUAUGCCCAUAUAAAUAGCAGAAAAUUAGCCUAUCCUCUUUCUCUUGGUUUAUCGGCUAUUACACUGAAGAGUAUUGCUUAUGUUUUGAAUGCAGAAGCUCAACCCGGUGCCAAGAAAUUAACCAUUGAUAAAGAAUUCGAGCAGUACUUCUCUAUGCUUAUGCUGUAGUAGAGAUUGGUUGAAAUAUAAACAUUCAGGAUGCUUAUUUUUCAUGAAUUGUUGGUUUGUGACCUUUACAGUGAUGAACGCAAGAAUGUAAGAAUACUCGGUUAUUUUCGGUCAUUUGUGAGAUAAUCCUGAUUAGUUUUGGC